UUAAACGCGUUUAUUUAUGCUUCGUACUGUGAAACAACUACGUCAGAUUUUUACAGCUUAACCCGCCUUUUCUCCUCGAAAUAUGCAAGUUACCCCCCACAGUUCCAUCGUUCCACAUUCACACCGAAACAACUUUAACAGCUUAAAGCAGCUAUUGAAACUUACCUUAGGUAAACUAAUAAGACUAAUAAGAAUUAGGCUCUCCUAAAAUAACCAGCUUCCUCUUUGUCUCAACACCGUCUUCUCUUUUUAAUACAUAGCGCUACCUACCAUCUUAUUAAAAAUGCCCGGAAACGAAAUCAAGCAUCCAACCCCAGCUGAAGCCUUCAAGCUUGCCGCCAACCAUGCCGCUCUGCUGCGGGGUCUGUUUCUCGAUCCUCGGUACAAGUACCUUCAAGACCCCACGCCGACUUUCAUAAAACCCAACCUCGAUGAAACCCCCGCCGGUCUUUACUUCGUUUCCGACUUCGUCCAGAGGACUUAUGUCGAAUACGUCGUCCCCUUCCUACCAGCCGGAGCCACUCGAAAGUGCAAGGCCAUCGCUAACCCAUGGGCGUGGAAUGACCCCACCUAUCCAUGGGAGUGGGAGUGGGACGAGCAGACGUCGACGCUAAAGGAUAAGGAUGGCAACGCUAUUGAUUUCCCCAAGUUGCCGGAAGCUGAAGCUGUCAAUAAGAUGGGCGACGUGUUAACUAGAGGGUUAAUGGCCCGGAAGAUAAUCCUCGAGAAUCGCACCGACAUCAAGGCUCGGCUAAUGGUUGGAGGUCAGCCCUUUGACUUUGGUAAGGAGGUGGAAGAUAUCGUGAAGGAGACGUAUCCUUUUUGAUAAGGACGUCAUAAUAGACAGUGUGUUGACAGUAUUGGAUGUAUUGGAUUAUGCCCACUAGGAUCGGGGAUCAAUUUGCCUACACUACAGUCUGGAUGUUGGUACAGUGACUUUGGGCUAUAUGUCUUGUUAUCAUCUGGAGUAUUUUGGCCACGGCUGGCACAAAUUCCAUGAUCAAGUCACUCUAAUUUAUCGGAUUUAGCUAGAAGAGAGUGCUCUCGCGAAUUCAAUAGCAUUAAAAGGAUAGCAGGGCUUCAUGCCUAAAGGAUUAUUACACAUGUCAAGAUUCUCACACAAUAGUGAAAUACGCUGACGGUAGAACUAAGCACUUCUCAACUAUAAUCGGAGAUCAGAUUAUCAGACAUUCUCUCAAAGCC